AUGGCAUACUACAACCCCAUCAUAUCACCCCGCCGUCUCGCCGACCGGCGUGGGAUACCGCAGCUGCAGCCUCUCGAGCCCGCCUAUGAAGCCAUGCUUCUGCACAAGCAAAAGUCGCCGCCCAGCACUGUCAUGAUCGCCGAGAUCAGGCAGCACUACUCACCACUAGACUCAACGCACACGGAGGUGCUCCCGUUCCGGUCUGUGGAGACCUUGAAAGAGGAGGACGAGGAAGACGAGCAGGAUGAAGUGGAGCAACACAAACAGCACGAGGACGAGGGAUGUGACUGCGAUCACGACGAGAACGAUGGGCUGGAGGUUGUGUUUGGGUUGGGCGUGAGUGUCAAUGGUGGUGACGAUGCGGAGGUGGAGGGCAUCAGCAGGCAAACGUCGGCUAUGCGUCUGACUAAGAAGUUGCACGUUGCGACUGGCGGCGGCGGAGACAGUUAUAACUAUGAGUACCAUCAGUCCCGCUAUCACUCUGGCAGUCAUCACCACAAUGGACAGACACCAAUGCCUCUCACGCCUCCAUCUAAUGAUGACGAAAGACCGUAUCCCGGGUCAGACGACCUUAUAAUCGACCCGGACUGCUUCACUUCCUCUCCUACAUCAGCGCCUCAAUCCCCCGCCAGUGAGGCCUCCCGUUCCCGCGCAGCAACAAUCCUCAACAAGGUCGUCCCGUAUAAACUGCGCGCCUCAUUCAAGCGCCGCCUCUCCGGCCCCAACACCAGUGCCCCCCCUGUGCCAGCACUCUCGACGCUACCCAAUUACUACGCUGGCACACCCCCACCAGACGAGCACGACACCUUUGACGACUUCUUCCGCCCAUCUGCAAACUCACCGGCCUCCCAACACCCCCCAGUCGCCACCAGCAUAACCAGCUAUCCCGCCUCCCCCGUCUACUCACCGCUUACAGUAGCGACAGACGUCUUCCCCGAGAUGUACGACAGUCACUUCCCCUCCUCCGAGCUCGUCUCUUCGCCCCUCCACCCCCCCACAAUCUCACCCCUCAUGUCCCCCACUGCCGCUUCCGCAUCCCAGACCUCACUCCAUCUCGUCACUUCCCACCCAACCCACACCCACAAAAAGGUCCCCAGCAUUGAUCCAGCCACUCCACUAGCCCCCCGCCGUCCUUCUGCACCUGUCACGGCUGUCACGGCAGACUCACUCGCAGACAUGAUUGAGGAGAUGAAUGCCGACCUUGCCGCGUACGACACUGCCUACUCAUGCAUGAUCGCGAGCGGGUGGAGCAGCCCACAGGAGCUGCGCAAUGUCGAGCUACAGAGAAAGGACAAGGAGGCGGAAUGGCGGGUGAGGAUCGCAGAGUCAAAGAAGGUGCUGGAGUAUGCCAGACGGGUAGAGGUCAUGGGACUUGCGGGCCUGGAGAGACUCGAGUCCAAUGCCUCAGGCGCCUCGGGAGUUAGUGCUGGGAGUGCAGGCGGCGAGAGCAUGGGCAUGCAGACACUCAUUCCGGUAACGGUGUUGCCAGUGGGCGCGAGCGAGACAGGGAGCUUGAGGAGUUUGAGGGGCUCAGAGAGGACUAUGUCCAGAUGA